AUGAUACCCGGUGAAGGAAAGGUAUUCCCACACCCAACAGAACCAUACGCUCUAGUUACAGGAAUGAAUCUUCAAUUGAUUGACUUGCGUUGCCCAGGACGUGUCGCUUCAAUCCCAAUGCAAGGCGGAAUCGGAGCUCUCAGCUGGAUGCCUAAUGAUAAAUCAGGUAUUAUUAUUGGUUACCAGAAUGGAUCUAUAGAUUUAUUCUCAUUAGCUGAUCAAAAAGCGAUAGUUACACAACAAAUCUCAUAUUGCCCAAUUUCGGCAGUAGAGUUCUGCCGCUCGAAACCAGGAACAGCUCUAAUUGCAAGUGAUACUGAUAUUGUCUUUGCAAAUUUGAGAUCUUGGGGUUAUGGUAGAUUAACCGUUACUAGAACACAUCAAGGCCAUAUUGGAUACAUCCAAGAUGCACACUGGUAUGAUGGCGAUGAAUUAAAGGUCAUUUCUUGCGAUAACAGAAGAAUUAUCAACGUAUUCCAAAUGCCUGAUUCUUAUUUACCAGUUUACCAAGAGUAA